CGAGUUACGCCCGGUCCAGCUCGGGGACUCGUUGAGGCCCAGCCCAAAUUCGCGUUAGGUCACAGCAGAGAGAGAGCACGCACGCGACGCGGUUUCCUCACCUUCUCCCUUUCUCUGCCCGGCGCCGCCACCCCUCUCCUCGCCGCGCCGCAGGCUGGACUCAUCGGGCUUGGCACCGAUGGCGACGGCCGACGCCGCCUUCCCUCAACACAGCGGACACAGACGGACGCGUCUCCCCUGGUUUCUCACCGAACGACAGGAGCAGAGCCCCACUGUCGCAAGAAUGGACAAGGAAAAGGGGAAGUAGAGGAGGAGGAGGAGGAGAAGGAGAGAAGCUUGGUGUCCAUUAUGAAGACUAAGCCGCUUGUCCCAGGAAGUGGAAGGGCAAGGGCAAGGGUUGUGUCGCUGCCAAGGAAGCGGGCCAAGGAUUACGGCAAUGUCCCGCUCGCCGAGUUGUUAUUAAGGGCAAUGGAGCAUGAUAAGCAAGCGGAGAAGGAUUAUGAAGAGGAGGAAGAGAAUGGGGAGGACGAGGAUGAGCAAGGUACUCUGUUUGAGGAGGAAGAUUCUCAUUUUGAUGUCAAAGCGCUAAGUGUUAUGCUAUGCAAAAUUGCAUUGUUUGGCUCUCAACGUUCAAUAUUUUUGCUGUAUAAAGUUCAAAGGAGGAGCUGUCCAAAAUUCAAAAGCAAUGAUGCCCAAUUCUUUCUUAGUCAUAUUUGUUCCAUUUCUACACUUUGCAUAGAGGAAAGCUUAUUUUUUUCAUCACUAUGACCAACUUUUAAAUCA